CUCAGAGAGAGGCAGAGGGAGAGACAGGGGUGGGGUGCUUGGAUGUACAUGAACAUGCCGACAGGAGAGUGUGCGGACGAGCGAUGACAGCAAUGCUGAGCCCAAAGAUCAGACAGACCAGGAGAGCCCGGUCCAAGAGCAUGGUGAUGGGCGAGGUGUCGCGGGGCUCAUGCCGGCCGGCCUCCCCCAGCCUCCAGGAGGGGGCCCUGAAGGCUGGCUGGCUGAAGAAGCAGCGCAGCAUCAUGAAGAACUGGCAGCUGCGAUGGUUUGUGCUGCGCUCGGAUCAGCUCUUCUUCUACAAAGACGAGGAAGAAACCAAACCACAGGGCUGCAUUACUCUGCAGGGAUGCCAGGUGAAUGAACUCACAGCGAACCCAGAUGAACCAGGAAGACAUCUAUUUGAGAUUGUACCGGGUGGAACAGGAGACAAGGACCGGGCACCAAUCAGCCAUGAAUCCUUCCUGCUCAUGGCAAACUCCCAGACAGACAUGGAUGACUGGGUCAAGGCCAUACGGCGGGUCAUCUGGGCGCCGUUUGGAGGAGGGAUAUUUGGCCAGCGUCUUGAGGACACGGUGCAGUAUGAGAAGAAGUUUGGCCCCCGGCUGGCACCCCUGCUGGUGGAGCAGUGUGUGGACUUCAUCAGGGAGAGGGGUCUGGACGAGGAGGGUCUCUUUAGGAUGCCAGGACAGGCCAAUCUUGUCAAAGAACUGCAGGAGGCCUUCGACUGCGGUGACAAGCCCCUGUUUGACAGUAACACAGACGUCCACACAGUGGCGUCCUUACUGAAGUUGUACCUGCGAGAGCUGCCUGAACCAGUCAUUCCCUUCUCCAAAUAUGAAGACUUUCUAACCUGUGCACAGAUUUUGGCCAAAGAUGAGGAGGAGGGGGUCCAGGAGCUUGGAAAUCAAGUUAGCACUCUACCUCUACCUAACUACAAUCUCCUCAAGUACAUAUGCAAAUUCCUUGAUGAGGUCCAGUCCCACUGUAAUGAGAACAAGAUGAGCGUCCAGAACCUCGCCACAGUAUUUGGACCAAAUAUCCUUCGACCCAAGAUGGAGGACCCAGUCACUAUCAUGGAAGGCACCUCUCUGGUCCAGCACCUGAUGACAGUGCUCAUUAGGGAACACAACCGUUUGUACUCAGGGAGGGACCAGGAGGGACCCACCAUACCGCAAACAGAACUCCCUGUCCAGGGACAUCAGCUCCAACAUCGUAGCCUGGGAGCCUGGAUCUCUGAGGAGGACCUUCAGAGCUGCCCAGUCUCUAACCCCGACCAAGAGCUGCACAGCAGUGCCUCUUCUCUGGAUGCCAAACUGUGUGCAGCCGUCACCCCGACCCAGACCCCGAACCCUCUACCAAAACUGGGGUCUUCAUCAGGGAAGGGAGACACAGUGGUCAGCCCAAGUAAACAAGCCAAGACCAUGCCUUCCUGGAAGUACUCAUUCAAAAGCUCCUCAGCGCCACGUUCACAGACACAAGGAAAGCAAAGCGGAGGCGGCGGCAGCUCUGUGGCAGAUACAACUAGUGUAUCUUCUGGUGGGGGAGGAGGUGGAGGUGGAAGUGGCGGGGGAGGUAACUGGCUCAUGAAUGGUUUGUCCUCUUUGAGGGGACACCGACGCACUUCUUCAGGCGAGCGGUCUGCCCGUGACCGCGACUCCACUGGCUCCUCACAGAGACUGUCCACGUACGACAACGUCACCUCCUCCUCCAGCAUGGGGAGUGUACCGAGCGUGUCCAGCACACCGUGGUCCACCUCCUCCUGCGAGAUCUCCGUCCCCGACUCUGGAAGUGAGCCUUCGGCGAACCAGAACUGUGGAGCAGGGAGUGAAAGUGGGGAAAAGGGCGAGUGGAUGGAGAGCCAGAGGGAGCUUGACAGAGGAAGGGAUGGAGGGAUGAUGACGGACCCGAGCUCUGAGCAGGACAGCUGCGAGGCCAUGGAGCUGUGCAGCAGCAGUGCAGCCUGCAGUGAGAAUGGAAACAUGGCCGUGGCAGCUGGUGUGCCGUCUAUUAUCAUGUCUGAGGAUGGGGACGGAAUAAAUUUAACACUCAGCAGUCUGGUGGAAGGACUGAAGGAUGAGCUGAGGAAACAGAAGACUGUCUACGAGACAAGGAUACAAAAACUGGAAGAGUCCAGUGCUGCUCUGUGUGCACAGAUGGAGCGUUUGGAACAAGAGAUGGAGCAGGAGAAGAAGAAGCAACGCAUGCUGGAGAUCAAACUACGAAACUCUGACCGAGCAAGGGAGGAUGCGGAGAACCGCAACCGGCUCCUGGAGAAGGAGAUGGAGGAUUUCUUUUCCACACUGGGAGAUCUGGCCCUGGGUGCAAGGACUAGCGACAUUUGACAUGUCAAGGCCACUCGUCCGUCUGUGGCCAAAACUGUGGCCGUCAUCAGGGUUUAUACUUUGGGGGUUGAGUGUCUUUUAACGUCCUCUUCAGUGCAUCAGGGCAUUCCUUCAAAAGAAGAACAAAACAAGAAAAUAAAGGCCAUAUUUGUGUACAUUCAGGACAAAACUCAAAAGAAACUGAGAUAUGAAGAUGACAGAAGAAAUUCUGAAGGAAGUAAAUAUCAAACUGGGACUGACGUGUGUGGUCCAUCAUCUACAUUAUGCACCAGGCGGUUUUGACUUUGUUACGCAUGCGUGAAAUGGGAACGUUAAGACAGCACUCCUGUGAUUACACUCCUUGUUGACGAGUUCAGGGUUUGUCUUGUGAAGGCAGUAUUUUAACAGUUCAGAUGCCCGUAUGUGACUGGUGGAACUUAAUGUAAUUUCUCUGACAUUCUCUGCACUGGAGAGCACUGACCACUACUUUACAAGGACACUAAAUGAAUAAAUAUAGUGCUGAAACUGUACGACCUGUUAAGAGAUGUUGAUGUUGAAUGCAGACAGCUGACUGAUAUUUAUCUUUAUCUGAUAUUUAUCUUGAAGGAAUACUUAAAACAUUUUGGGAAAUAUUCUUAUUCGCUUUUUUGCCUACAGGUAACCGCCACUGCUAACACCGCUGCUGUUGAAUGGCGUGCAUCCAUGUGCCACCCGGCAACGUCACUGUCCUAGUUCCAGCCACACCCCCCCCCCCCCCCCGCCCCCCAAAUAAAAGUAACACUUUUUUUUUCCAGAGAAGGAUAUUUUGUAUUUCCCAGCUCCCAUAGAAGCUCAGGUUCUCUCACACUUUGUGGCAUAUGAUGCACCAUGUUGCUGCAGUGUGUUUUUCAGCAGUGUUGCCAACUUAGUAACUUUGUUGCCCGAUUGCCUAGCAACAGGUGUGGCUACUUUUUGGACAAACUUUAGCUACUUUCAAUGGAAGACAGUCGGCAGAAUUGGCCCGUGAGUCAGCGGCACACCUCUCUGCGAGCAGCACGUUCAGUGUGAAGGCUGUCCACCAUGAUAGGAAAAAUAAGAAAGGUAUUCUGUAUUCUUUCUCUCUGAGCGAUCAUUUUACAACAUAGCCAGACAAAUUUAACUUGUGGUUUUGGUGAUUUUGUCGGACAGUUAUAAAAUCGGGGUUUUUUGCACAAGCAGAGCAGCAUUUUUGAAGUGGCUGCUGGUUAACAUUUAUCUCAAUGGGCCACGUUUCAGUCACUAUUUCAUACUUGUUCCGUUGUCUGACAACAGAAACUUAAAAACAUGUAAAUGAGAACAGCUUUACUGGAAUUUCGGCUGUAUCAAAACACUGUAUAUGUGAGCGCAAAGAGUAGGAGAGAAGCAAACACAUAAAGGGCUGAAACCGGCUGACACUAAAAAAUAUUUAGCAUACAUACAUAAGAGCAGUUUCAAUCUUUUCAUCUUACUCUCAGCAAGAAAGCGAAUAAAAUUGGUUCCCAAAUGUUUUUCAAAAUUGUUUUCUCAACUGUACAGUGAGUUUACCCAAAUUACAACAAAAACAUAUUUUUAACUUGCCUGUAGUGGUAGCUAGCUAGCAAAUUGCUUUUUCCUUUGGCUGGGUUUUAAGAUACAAAAGAGUUCUGUAAUUAUCCAGAGUCACAAGUUUACUGUUUCUGGAAAGAGAUGUUGCUAAAUUGAAAUAUUUUUAAAUCUGAUUUUUUUUUUUCUUUUUCUUGUCAGAACCAAAAAUUUAACCAAAAAUUGAAUUCAAAUUAUCUCAAUUUUUUGGCCAGAAUCUCAGACGAAUAUCUAAAAAUCUAGGAAAAUUACACCAAAGCUAUUAGCAUGGCUAGACAGUACUAAUUAGGGUUUUAAAAAUAAAUAUUUUUUGUAAUUUGGGCAAACUGACUCUUUAACAACAGUGAAAGCUUUAGCAGAGGCUCCUCCACUUUUAUUCACUGCAGACAUUUCUUGCUGUUUUACCAUAGAAUUAACAGAAAAGCAUUUUCAGGAAACUGUUUUCCCCAAUUCCUUCUGGUAACAGAGCAAAACUGAAGCAGUGAAGUUGGACCUUUUCUGUAGCUGCCUCUGUACUCCUCUUUGUCCUCAGGCCUUUCCAGUGCCUCUCUCGUCACCAUCUACAUGGUUUCCAUGUCCAUUUGAUGACAAAGUCUCAGUCUGCGGUUCACUCCGAACUUAAUAGAUGUCAAUAUACCUUUAAUGUACAGAUGAUACGACAGGGACAAUGAAAACAAUUACUCAAGCAUUGUCGACUUAGCGCAUGCUGCCUCGUACACAGGGCGAUGUGGCUCAGUAGGUGAAGACCAUUUACGGUACACAGUAAAUACCAAAGCUGGACUGCCUCAGCUGUUCACUCACUAAAAAAUCAGAAUGGCCUGCCUGGAAGCCAUGUUGAUUUUGGCACAUGAAGCUGAACACUGCCCUCAAAAAAAAAAAAAAAAACAAACAAUGGAAUUUCCUGGUCGUGCCUUCAGGGAAGUGUUGUUAAAUAGGAAAAAUGUAGUGUUGCUUGCUUGUCCAGAGAUGUAGUGCAUAUAUUCGCCCAUAGUACACACAGUGGCUGCAUUGUUGUUGUUUUUUUUAUUUUAUCUUUUAUUUCUAAUGUAGCAACAAACUGCUGAAGAUGAAUAACUUGAUCUCCCUAUAGAAGGUGCCAAUUCUUGUGAAAGUGAAUUGAAUGGAAGUUUUGAAUUAAGAAUGUAAACUUGUAGUGAAUGUAAUGUGUUGUUGAUGAAACCAGCCUGAUGAAAAAAAAAUAUGGAAACGAUUAACAAAGAGAAAAAAAAAAAAGAUAACUUCUUCCAGUUCUUCAAACCGCAUUUCUGAUUCCAGUCGUCUUACUUUGACUCCAGCUCUUGGCAAGGCUGAACAUGUGAUGCAUUAUGGGAUACAUCACAAAGACCCACAUCACAUCAGGUCACUGUGAUGCGCUUUACAGAUCUGGUCCAUUGGAUUAUUCAUUUUGUGUUUCCAAAAAUGAAAAGUUGCAGAUAUCUGUUUUGUGAGAAUUGCAUGUGGUUACAUUGCUGAAAAUGUCUUUUUUUUAAGCAUCUUAUUUCCAAUCAGAAGAAUGUCCUCAAGAAGUUGAAGUGACAGUAUAAGUGAAAGUGUGCUUUCGGUUGAACAAUGUGACUGUAUUUUUCUUUUUCUUUUUUAUUUACAUUUUUAUAAAGAAACAUAAAAUCAAUGGAAUUACAUUACCCUUUUUAAUUGCACAGGUUUACAAGGUAAUUGUCUUUUACGGCCUUAUGCCUAUAAACUACCACAGUCCACAAUAUGAUGGUCUAAAUCUAUAGCAGGUUCUUUGAUUUCAAAAGAGACAUUUAUUUUCCUGUUCUGUAUGUCUCAUGAUUAAGUGAGUGUUUCUUAUUUCUCUGCUGAUCAUCUAUGGUGCUUAUUUAUUAUGGAUUUCCACUAUUGUAAUGAAUGGACAUGUAUGGGAAUAAAGGUGACAAAGAUCAUCUGUAA